AUGCGUCUCUUCGCUUUCGGCUCAAACGGAUCAGGCCAACUAGGAAUCGGCCAUCAAGAAGAUGUCUCCAACCCCACACAAUGUCUCUUCACAACAGACCCAGAGUCCAAAAACACGACUCAAGAUAUAAACGAGGAGAUCACCACAAUCGCAGCAGGUGGAAACCACACACUCCUCCUCACCAAGACAGGCACCGUCUACGCAGCCGGAGCCAAUACAGACGGACGGUGCGGAACCUCAACAAGUCCAGAAAACGUCUUUAACCGCGUAUCCAUCACCACCGCCUCAGGCAAAGUGGAUACAUUCUCCCACGUCUCCGCAACAUGGGAAGGAUCUAUCUUCGUCUCAUCCGAAGCAACGGACGAUAAAGUCUACGUGCUCGGGACUAACACGAAAGGCGAACUAGGCGUGGCGGAGCCGCUGGUUUCGAGCGCGCUGUGCGUUCCUGAUUUCCCACCGCGUGGUACGCGUGUCGCUGCAUUGGCGAGUGGGAUGGCGCAUUCGGUGACUGUGCUUUCGAAUGGGGAUGUGUGGGGGUGGGGCGGGGCGAGGAAGGGGCAGCUUGGGAGUGAGAAUGUGGUUAGGAUAGCGGGGCCUGUGCGGAUUCAGGUCCCGUUCUUUGCGGAGGAGGUUGUUUGUGGGAGGGAGUUUUCUGUUGUUUCUGGUCGGGGGCAGUUUGUUGUUCUUGGUGAUCCGGGGAAUCGAUGGGGUGUUUUGAAUGUUCCCAAGUGCUUUGUUUCUGGUGAGGGUGGGUCGAGGGGGUUGAUUCGGUAUCCUUAUGAGGGGAUUCGGGCUAGUUGGCAUGGCAUCUAUGUGCAUGCUGCUGGGCUGGAAAGUGAUGCUGAGGGUGAAGUUGGGUCGCUUAUUGCUUGGGGUCGGAAUGAUCGCGGUCAGAUUCCACCUCGGACGCUUCCAACGCCUGCUGUGCUCGCUGUUGGCAGUGAGCAUGUUGUUGCUCUUUUGAAGAAUGGCGAAGUGGUUGCUUGCGGAUGGGGCGAGCAUGGGAAUUGUGGUGAGGAUUUGGAUGCUCUGCGCAAUGUAGCAGAUAGGGUGAACCUCAUCUCGCUCCCUGAGACUUUGGAAGGAAAGGUUGUCGGGGUCGGUGCGGGAUGCGCUACCAGCUGGAUGGUCGUGGAAUGA